UUGGGCUCUGGGCAUGCGCAGAUCGGGCGGGAGGAGAGUCCCGCAUGCGCAGAGGCCGCGUCACCCGCUGCUGGUGCCUGGGGCCGGGCCGGGCGGAGCAGGAGGGUUUGUGCCGGUGUCUAACUGAGAUCAGGGCUCUUAUCGGACUGAGAUCUGGACCCUGUUCUGCCAGGCGCUGAAGAGACCCCAGUUGCUCUUCUGACCCUGCCAGGCUGCAGGAUGUCAUCCAUGUUUCGCUCCAGCUCAUCCCAUCCUCCCAUGGGACAGGGAAGGGAAACGGCCGCGGAGGAGCCAGUUCAGGGGCCGGUGACCUUCGAGGAGGUGGCUGUGUAUUCCCGCAGAGAAGAGGGGGCUCUGCUGGACCCCACUCAGAGAGCCCUCUACAGGAAUGUCAUGCAUGAGAACUAUGAGACGGUGACCUCGCUGGAGUUUCCAGUUUCCAAACCUAAUGUCAUUUUGCAGCUGGAAAGAGGGGCAGAGCCGUGGGUCCCAGAUCUCCAAGUCUCUGAGAAAGAAGUGCUCCCAAGAGCUGCCUACACAGGGGCAGGGAGUGAUCUAUGUCUGGAUUCUCUCUGUCUCCCAUCAGGUAAUGGGAUGGUGAGUGAUAACAAGGAGGAGAAACCCCAGCAGGAAGAUUCUGAGGAAGUAGAAGCACAUGGGACAUUAUUGGGAAGAUGCAAAGGGAAUGUUUCCAGGAUUUGUGCACACCCAGAAAAAGCAAAAGCCUGUGAGACUGAGCAGAGGCCAGAGGAAAACUUCAGUAGCUUCUCAGACCUUAUUUCAAGUGAGAGAAUCAACUCGGAAGACACACGUUACACAUGCCAUGAGUGUGGGAAACGCUUCAAUUGGCGUUCAUACCUUAUCAGACAUCAGAGAAUCCACACAGGGGAGACGCCCUAUGCAUGCGCUGAGUGCGGAAAAGGCUUUAGUGAGCACUCAAACCUUAUCAGACAUCAGAGAAUCCACACGAGGGAGAAGCCCUACACAUGCUCUGAGUGCAGGAAAAGCUUCAAUCAGCGUUCAAACCUUAUCACACACCAGAGAAUCCACACAGGUGAAAAGCCCUACACGUGCACUGAGUGCGAGAAAAGCUUCAAACAGCGCUCAAACCUUAUCACACAUCAGAGAACACACAUGGGAGAGAUGCCCUACACGUGCACGGAGUGCGGGAAAGGCUUUAGUGAGCACUCAAAGCUUAUCAGACAUCGGAGAAUCCACACCAGGGAGAAGCCCUAUACGUGCUCUGAGUGCGGGAAAAGCUUCAAAUACCUCUCACGCCUUAUCACACAUCAAAGAAUCCACACAGGAGAGAUGCCUUAUACAUGUACUGAGUGUGGGAAAAUCUUCAAACAGCGCUCAAACCUUAUCACACAUUGGAGAAUCCACACAGGAGAGACGCCCUACACGUGCUCUGAAUGCGGGAAAAGCGUCAAUCAGCGCUCAAACCUUAUCACACAUCAGAGAAUCCACACAGGCGAGAAGCCCUACAAGUGCACUCAGUGCGGGAAAAGCUUCAAACAGCGCUCAGAACUUACCACACACUGGAAAAUCCACAGAGGAGAGACGCCCUACACAUGCUCUGAGUGCGGGAAAGGCUUUAGUGAGCACUCAAAGCUUAUCAGACAUCGGAGAAACCACACAAGAGAGAAGCCCUACACCUGCACUGAGUGCAGGAAAAGCUUCAAACAGCGCUCACACCUUAUCACACAUCAGAGAAUCCACACAGGAGAGACGCCCUACACUUGCUCUGAGUGUGGGAAAAGCUUCAGUCAGAGUUCUGCCCUAGUCACACAUUGGAGAAUCCACACAAGGGAGAAGCCCUACACAUGCUCUGAGUGUGGGAAAAGCUUCAAUCAGCGCUCACACCUUAUCAAACAUCAGAGAAUCGACAUAGGCUGCGGAAUAAUGUCCAUGUUUCACUCCAGUUCAUCCCAUCCUCUUGUUGGACAGGGGAGAGAAAUGGCUGCAGAGGAGCCAGUUCAGAGGCCGGUGACCUUCGAGGAGGUGGCUGUGUAUUUCACCAGGGAAGAGCGGGCUGUAUUGGACCCCACUCAGAGAGCCCUCUACUGGGAUGUCAUGCAGGAGAACUAUGAGAAUGUGACCUCGCUGGGUAAGGGUUACUCUCCCCUCAGUUCUUGGAAUGGGAAAAGAAGAGAGAUGGUUCAUGCCAGCCACACAAUGCCACCUCUAUUCUGCCCUGUUUCAGCAUCACCCCAAUAUGCUAGUGACACACACGCUACCAGAGACCCUCCCUUACUGCAGAACACUUUUGGGAACAGAGCACAGGAGCCAUAUCGCACAGCGUCAAAUAUCUCCUGUUUGCUCAAUUUGCCUGUAGUAGGUUUUCCAGUUUCCAAACCUGAUGUGAUCUCACAGCUGGAAGGAGAGGAAGAACCGUGGGUCCCAGACCUCCAGGGCUCUGAGAAGGAAAUGCUUCGAAGAGCUGCCUGCAAAGGUAAUGAUCUAUGUCUGGAAUCUCUCUGUCUCCCAUCAGGUGAUGGGAUGGUAAAUCAGAAUGAGGAGGAGAAAUCCCAUCAGGAAGAUGCUGAGCAAGAAGAACCACAUAGAACUUUAUCAGGAAGAUCCAAAGGGAAUGUUUCCUGGAGUUGUGCACUCCGAGAAAAAACAAAAGCCUGUGAGACUCAGGGUAGGCCAGAGGAAAACUUCAGUAGCCUCUCAGACCUUGUAAUAAGCAACAGAAUCAACUUGGAAGAGACACGCUACACAUGCCAUGAGUGCGGGAAAAGCUUCAAUCAGAGCUCUACCCUUAUCAGACAUCAGAGAAUCCACACAGGUGAGAAACCUUAUGCAUGCACUGAGUGUGGGAAAUGCUUCAAUCGAAGCUGUGCCCUUAUCAGACAUCAGACAAUCCACACAGGUGAGAAACCUUAUGGAUGCUCGGAGUGUGGGAAAUGCUUCAAUCGGAGCUCAAACCUUAACACACACCAGAGAAUUCACAAAGGAGAGAAGCCCUACACAUGCUCAGAGUGCGGGAAAAUCUUCAGUCAGCGCUCACACCUCAUUAUACAUCAGAGAAUCCACACAGGAGAGACGCCUUAUUCGUGUGCUGAGUGUGGGAAAAUCUUUAGUCAGAGCUCUGCCCUUAUGAGACAUCAGAGAAUCCACACAGGGGAGACGCCUUACACGUGCUCUGAGUGCGGGAAAAGCUUCAAUCAGAACUCAAACCUUAUCAAACAUCAGCGAAUCCACACAGAGAGAAGCCCCUGCACAUGCUCUGAGUGUGGGAAAAGGUUCAGUCAUUGCUCAAGGCUCACUAGACAUCAGAAAAUCCACAUGAGAGAGAAUUGUAAUAAAUCCCAUGACUAGGGUUGGCUAAAGAAUUAAAAAAAAAAAUCACAUUUGCUAAUUCCCACAUAGUGAUUUUUGCAUCAUCUUCACCGUGGUCUCUCAACUCCACCAGAUAAGUUGCCGCCUUCUGCCUUUUGCAGCUCAUCCUUCUUUGGGGUCAGUCCUAUGAUCUUUUCUAUCAACUCCUUUCCUUUUGAGUCAUAGGAGUGUGUGUCCCUCCUGCCAGGAAUGUUCAUCAGCUCCAGGUGGGGGAGAGAGAAGUUUGAUCCCAACAACCUACACUGAGGCAAAAACUACCUGUGCCUUCCAUCCACUAGGACUGUACAUGGCGUUGGCUGCUCAAGUUAGUCUAUAAGGUGCCACAGGAUUCUUUGCUGCUUUUGCAAGUUAGUGAUCUUCAUGUAAAAAUUGUAGUGCAGAUGCAGUCCAAGUGCAGUGGUUGGCAUUAGUUUUCCCCUUGACCUGACCUAAACUCCAUCACUGUUCCUAGUCUAAACUAACCCUGAGCAUCACGGUUAUCUUGUUCCCCCAUUUCAAUGCAAUUGUUAGUCAUCGAGUUCUCUCUUUGGGAACAAAUUGUUUCAUUCCCAGUUGCUCUGAUGUUGCUUCAGGUUGUGCUGGGGAGCAGAUAUUUUUAUUAUCAUUUUCCGCACUUAAAAUAUAUUGAACUAUAACAAAGAGCAGGGAUAGGGGGAAAAAGACAUUUAACUCGUAACAACAGACGUAGUUAGGGUAAGUCAGAGGGAGUCCCUUAUUCCCCAUCACUCUCCUCCUUCAAUCUGUGGUAGAACCUAAGAAUCCUUUUCCUUUCCCCAGUUGUGGGAUGGUAGACUUCCAAAAGUGAUCCCUGUGCUAUAGCACAUGGCGAAGCUCAGAGAAUAAACCCCAAAUCUCCCCUGAGCUUUGCUUUUUGAAUUCUGUAUUUCCGAUUACUUCAAGCCUGGGCAUUGUGAUUAUUUACCAGUUUCUCUAGCACUGUUCCUACCAUUGUUUCUGUAACAUUUUUUGUUUUUUAUGGGACAAGGUUGUUAUUUCUUUACCCAACCCCAACCUGGAAGGUGUCUCUUCUCUGGCCCCUCCCCACAGACAAAUCUGACAUGGUUGAACCUGCCAGGAACAAACAAAAAGCCCCACUGGUCACACACACAAAGCAGAUAGACACACACAAGAUGCAGAAGAAACUGAAUUAUUUGAGCUAUCAACAUUUCCACUUUCCCACAGCAUGUUAGUUCUGAAGCUUGUUUUAAUUUGUUUGUUUUCUUGGAACCAGAACUGGGGAAAGAGAACACUGGAGUCAGUGGAACUACAGCAGGAAGGGAUAAGUCUCAUGAUUUGUCACUAACCAAAGGCUUUGUAAACAGAACGAUAAUGUUACUGAAUGGUCUGGCUAACCCUGCAGUUAGAAACAAUCAGCUCUAUGGGUGAUAAAUUGGCAGAGGCUCUGCUGCAGUUCAUGAAAUAGCAGCUGUUGAAAGGUAAUGUGCUUCUAUUUCAAUACCUCUGGAAGAACAGAAGACAAUGAUCUGUGUUAAAGGAAAAUUGCCAUUUCUCAGAGCCCCAGUUUCUAUUGUGUGUGUACAGGAAGGUUUGAAUGUGCAGCAGGUAGUUUG